AUGACGGCCAACCUUCUGGCAGCUGAAAGACCCCCCUGCCAACCUUGUCAGGUUUUCCGGCACACAAAGGCUGUGGUACGCUGCAGGGACUGCCUCGCUCAGCUUCUAUGUGGAGGCUGUGACCAGGCAGUACAUAACAUAAUUUUCAAACCUCUAAGUCCCGUUGUAGGAGUAACCCGCAAGGAUGACAGCUACUGUUAUGAUCGCCUGUUGCCUAUGGCAAUGCCAGAAAUUUGUGCCUGCCAAACAGGCUGUCUUGCUGGACCUGGCAAGAUGGUCAUUGUGAUGGGAAUGAAUGGAAGACACCAACUGGCCCUACCUUCACUUAGAUGUGCUACCUGCCAGGCCACCUGGAAUGCGGGCUUACCUGACCUGGUAGCAAGUGGCUACUGGCCGGCCACACCCAAUUUUGAAACCAUUUACUCUACUGACCUAUUUCGGUCACACUCCAAAAUUAAAUUACGGGCACCAGGUUUGUCGAGGCAGGCAUUUUUGGGGAUGCUAGAAGAUAGGACGGUGGCCUUUGGAAGGACUGGACCCAUAUGUGGCGACACUUUCCAAAAGGCCUUCCUGGAGUUGCAGCAUGCAGAGUACAGAAAGGAGAAUUUGUGUGGAGGGGAGCCCUUUACGUGCUAUGCAUGCAGGCCGCAGAUGCAUGCCGUGUCGGUUGAUGGCAACCGGGAAACUGUACAGAUUUGCAACUGCAACAAGCACGGACAAGGGAUUAUUUGAAGGGGUCUUCCUUGCAAAGGAUGAUCAUGUGCCCUCAUUAGUCGAGGACGUACAUCACCGCACCCAUCAUGUUCGUGGUUCAGGAGAAUGUGGCUACUCACGGUUGGCAGCUGCCAGGGAGGUGGCCAAGAAGGCGGGGGCAAAAAUUGAUGAGGAGGGCCUGUAGAUUGGCGUGUGCCGUCAUGAUGUCCUCCUCAUGGCCCUAAAUAUGUUUCGUGGCGAGAUUUUCGCCUACCCCAUGUACAUACAAAAUGUGAUGGCCACUAACAAUGUAGGAUAUUUCUGCACAGAUGUUUCUUGCAAAUACUGGCCAUAUUUGCAGAAGGUGGCCAGCGCAUGCCCGGAGUACAGUGACCUACUUCACAUGCAUCCCCUUCUAUCGGUCAUGCAUGCAAAGGCCCAUCAGUGGACAUCAUUGAGGUAAUCAAUGUGUGUGGAAUGUUGUCAUUUGUCAACA